UCGCGCAUGCGCUCUCCGAUCGGUCGUCUUUCGACCCCUUGUUUUGCCCAGCCGGAGUUGGUGCCUGGACCUCCCGCGACCUUCGUCUCGGGUUGCGAUGUUGCCCUUCUCUUUGCUCUGGGCGACUCGGCCUCUGCAGAGAUGUGGUCAGCUGGUCAGGAUGGCCAUACGGUGCCAGCACAGCGAGGCAGCCCAGACCCAGACUGGAGAUGCAACCAAGGGCUGGUCAGGCCAGGAGAGCCUGUCAGACAGUGACCCUGAGAUGUGGCGGCUGCUGCGGAGAGAGAAGGACAGGCAGUGUCGUGGCCUGGAGCUCAUUGCUUCAGAGAACUUCUGCAGCCGAGCUGCGCUGGAGGCCCUGGGGUCCUGUCUGAACAACAAGUACUCGGAGGGUUAUCCUGGCAAGAGGUACUACGGGGGAGCAGAGGUAGUGGAUGAAAUCGAGCUGCUGUGUCAGCGCCGGGCCUUGGAGGCCUUUGACCUGGAUCCUGCUCAGUGGGGAGUCAAUGUCCAGCCUUACUCGGGGUCCCCAGCCAAUCUGGCUGCCUACACAGCCCUUCUGCAGCCCCAUGACCGAAUCAUGGGGCUGGACCUGCCCGAUGGGGGCCAUCUCACCCAUGGCUACAUGUCUGAUGUCAAGCGGAUCUCAGCGACAUCCAUCUUCUUCGAGUCUAUGCCCUAUAAACUGAAUCCCCAAACCGGCCUCAUUGACUACGAUCAGCUGGCACUCACCGCUCGGCUCUUCCGCCCUCGACUCAUUGUGGCUGGUACCAGUGCCUACGCGCGCCUCAUCGACUACGCCCGCAUGAGAGAGGUGUGUGAUGAGGUCAAGGCACACCUGCUGGCAGACAUGGCCCACAUCAGUGGCCUGGUGGCUGCCAAGGUGAUCCCCUCACCUUUCAAGCACGCGGAUGUUGUCACCACUACCACUCACAAGACCCUUCGAGGGGCCAGGUCAGGAAUCAUCUUCUACCGGAAGGGGGUGCGGGCUGUGGACCCGAAGACUGGCCGGGAGGCCCCUUACGCGUUCGAGGACCGCAUCAACUUUGCGGUGUUCCCGUCCCUGCAGGGGGGCCCCCACAACCAUGCCAUCGCUGCGGUGGCUGUGGCCCUAAAGCAGGCCUGCACCCCCAUGUUCCGCGAGUACUCCCUGCAGAUUCUGAAGAAUGCUCGGGCCAUGGCUGAUGCCCUGCUAGAGCGAGGCUAUUCGCUGGUGUCUGGUGGCACGGACAACCACCUAGUGCUGGUAGACCUGCGGCCCAAGGGCCUAGAUGGAGCUCGAGCCGAACGGGUGUUGGAACUUGUAUCCAUCACGGCCAACAAGAACACCUGUCCCGGGGAUCGAAGUGCCGUCACACCUGGGGGCCUUCGGUUGGGGGCCCCAGCCUUGACGUCUCGACAGUUCCGUGAGGGUGAUUUUCGGAAAGUUGUGGACUUUAUAGAUGAAGGUGUCAACAUCGGCUUGGAGGUGAAGAGCAAGACCGCCAAACUCCAGGAUUUCAAAUCCUUCCUGCUCAGAGACCCAGAAACAAGCCGUCGGCUGACCGACCUCCGGCAGCGGGUGGAAGGGUUUGCCAGGGCCUUCCCCAUGCCUGGUUUCGAUGACCACUGAAGGCACCUAAGGAAUGAAGCCCACAGGCUGACACUUACUCUCCUCCCCUCCACCUGGACAAGCUGGGGGUGGGCGUGGGCUAACUGCUCAUCUUCCAAUUUUUUGCUGGAGGAAUGGAAGGCUGCUCCCUUAGGGGAAGCCCCAGGUAUAGCGCCCCUUCCCAGAAUUGGUAGCUGAGAAGGUUUCUUCUUGUAACAGGACUUGGAGGAGGCUUGGGCCUUCCUGCCCUAACUGCUCUUAUUAGCUCAGUGUUAUAGACUCCCUGCCCUUUCUUGAGGAGGGGGGAGUUCCCCUGGUGAGCCAGAGGAAGGGGUGGGUAGGCACCCCCCUUUCGUUUUUAUCUAAUAAAAUGCUAACCUGC